AUGCGCGAUCGUGGACUGGAGGAGUGGGAGGACCUGCACGGGCCCGUUGUGUUUGAGUUCCGCGUGGGUGGCAGCCGCAGCAGCGGUGGUAGCAACAGCAGCAGCAGCAGCAGCAGCAGCGGCGGCGGCAGCGGCGGCAGUGGCAGCAGCAAUGGGUUAGGCGGAGCAUUGUUUGAGGGUGAUGGUGGGUUGCAGGGAGAGGACGUGCUUAAUCUGAUGCGCAUGGGGGAAGGCGGAGGGAUGGAUGAUGCGUGGACCGAUGAUGAGACUCGGAUGUGGCCCGAUGCAGGGCGGGCUGACUGGAGUGAUGCGGAGAAAUGGACUGAUGCAGAGGACUGGGGCGCAGCAGAAGAGUGGAGCGUAAGAAACGCUUGGGGAGAUGAAGAGAAGUGGAGCGACGGCGAGGAGUUGAAGGGGAGAGAGGAAUGGGGGGACACGGAGAACUGGAGGGCAGGGUCGGACCGUGAGCAUGAGCGUGAGAGGGCACUGGAAGCCAAAAUGCAGGGCCAGCUUCGCAGCCACGAGCCAGACCUGUCAGGGCUUGCGUUUGCGGAGCAGCAGCAGGCUGGGCUACCCUAUGCUGUGGGGCUGGCUUCCGUGCAGCAGCCACUAGACCUGCUGUGGGCGGACGAGCUCAGCGGGGGGCUGUGGGACAGUGGCAGGGAGAUAAGGGGGGAGAGCUCGGGAUUGACGGGUCUGGAGAGUGUGGAGAAGCUGGAAAGGUUCUGUGAGGAGCAGGGGCUGGAGCCAGGCAUAAUGCCGACACGGGGAAUUUUGCGGGCUGCCCGGAGAUCGGAUAUUGAGAAGGAGAUUCAGUUCGCAGGGGGUGUGCAUGCAGUGGCGCUAAAACUCAACAUGCAAGUGGCAAGGAAGCCGAGAGGGUACUGGGAUGACCUCGCGAAUCUGAAACAAGAGGUCCUUCAGUUUCAGAUGGAUCAUAGCCUGCCGCACAACAAGAUGCCAUCACGCAUGCUUCUACAGAAGAACGGUCAGUAUUUCUGGCCACUCAACGUGUAG